AUGGAAAUAAAUGAACAUUUAUCAGGAUUAUCAUAUUCUCAAUCUAGAUCUCAAUAUUUGUUAACAGAAAGUGUAAGCAAUAGCAUAAUAAAUAGUAAUAUUUUAAAUCCUAAUAUCAGUAAUAAUAUUUAUAAUAAUAAUCAGAAUAAUUAUAAUAGUAGUAAUAAUAUGAAUAAUAAUUUAAAUAAUUCAUAUAACCAACAAGAUUCAAAUCAAAAUGGAUACUUUCAAGAAAUCCCAAUACCAUUAAACGAAAAUGAAUAUGAUGGUGCAAAUAUAAAACCCAGUUAUUCGUCGAGUGCAUAUCAAGCAAACAAUUUUGUGCAACCCUAUUACCAACAAGAUAAAAUUUUUGUAAUAAAUUCAAUGCAGAACCCAAUACCAGUUUCAAAAUACAAUAAAGCUAACCAGUUAUCAGAGAAUUUCACAUUUAUGAUUAAAAUUUAUUUAAUUCCUAUGGUUGCAACUUUUUUUACGGUAUUACUACCCCUAUCAAAACCAUAUCCAGGUUUCUUACCAGGUUGGGAAUAUUCGAUUAUGUAUAUACCAGUAGUAACUGUAUUAAUAUCCAUGAUGGUUGUAGGUUGGGCAAGAAUCUUUGUUAAAGGAAUUAAUAUGUGGUUAUUACCAUUAGCAAUUCAUACCAUUUUAACGUCAUUAACAUUUUCGUUUAUCAGUCAGUAUUCAAAGAGUUACCCGCCACCAGUUGUUAUUGGUGUCUCAUUUGGAAUGACAGCUGUAGUUUUACCAAUUAUUCUUUAUAUUGUAUCACCAGAUCGUUUUAAAUAUUCCUUUUUCAUGGAUUUUGUUCACUUUAUGAUAUUUGUAGUUUUGUUAAUAAUGGGUCAAUUUCUAUGUGUUACCUUUGUUAUAUUUUUCUCAUUAAUAGAAGCUCAAACUUUGGUAAUGUUAAUCUUUUUUUUCAAAACUUUCUUGCUAACUCAAGCAAUGUUGUGGGUAACCCGAAAAUACUGUCCAAUUAAUCAGCAUAAUAUCAUAGCCUUUUGGACUGAAUCAAUAACCGAAAUGACAGUUUGUUGGUUAUAUAGCAGAUUUACAAAAUUAAACUUUUUAAUUUUAAUUUUAAUUAGGGUUCUUUUAAUGUUACGUUACCUUUUCUUUUUAUCUGAAAAAUAUUGGAAUUAUAGAAAUAUUGUCAAAGGUCAUUACGAAAGAACCAGAGCAAAUAGCUGGUUAUCCUCUGUAAAUAGUUUUGAAAAACCAUAUUACACUGUUUUAGGUCAACUAUUCCCAAUUUCAAUGGAAAGAAAUGAACAUAUGACUAGAGUUGUAGAUAGAGUAUUUUAUACAUUUUUAAGCUAUUGUUCAGUACCUUUAAUAUAUAUUUUAUUUGCAACAUGCUUAAGAUUUUCAAACAAUGCUAAAUACUAUCCAUUUGACAUUUCUCUUGAAGCUUUUAUGUUAAUAAUUAUAUAUGCUUUGUUUUCAAGUUUCCUUGGUUAUAUGAUGUUUUUAUUUAUUCGUUAUUUAUUCCAAGUUAAAUACGAUAUUUCAGUUUUAAACCAUCCAAUCCAAUUAUUUAGAAAAAAUCUAAAUCUUUUAACAUAUAUUAAUAUAAACUGCUUUAUAGUUCCAAUAACACUAGUUUUAAUGCAUAAUAAUGUAUUCUUUUUAGUAAACUCGGGUGAAAGUUAUUAUUAUAACUAA